AUGGUAGCGUUAUUUAUCCAGAGGAACAAUCUGUCUGUGAGGAUGGCAUCCAACAUAAAAAGAUCCCGCGCCUCUGUUGAUCAAGAUGACGUUAAUAAGUUCUUCGACAACAUAAAACCAGCUUUGUUAGAAUCUACAGGUGACCAUAUCUACAAUUAUGAUGAAACCAAUAUUACAGAUGACCCUGGAGCACGAAAAGUCAUUGUUCCUAGGAAUUGCAAAAGAGUGGAACGGGUUCAGAAUUUCUCGAGAACAGCAAUCAGUAUUAUGGUGUGCGGAACUGCGAGUGGUGAACUUUUACCACCCAUGGUUGUUUAUAAGGCCUAUAACCUUUACGAAAAUUGGUGUGUCGGUGGACCUACUGGGACGGUCUAUAGGAAUAGCCCAAGUGGAUGGCAACCAGGGAAGAGAGUCAUCGUGGUGGGCGAUAAUCUGGUUAGUCAUUUCGCCCCAAACGUCAUUAGGAUUGCACAGGAAGAGGAUAUUUAUUUAACACCCUUUCCACCAAAUGCCACGCACUUGAUGCAGCCUUUGGACGUGGCAGUUUUUGCACCAAUGAAGAGAACAUGGCGAGUGAUUCUAGACACGUGGGGAAAAGAGAGCCGUUAUCUCGGUUCUAUUCCUAAAGAACAAUUUCCUCUGCUGCUGAACAGACUGUGGUCACAGAUUAAACCCAAUGUCAAACAAAAUUUAAUGUCUGGCUUUAGAGCCACCGGACUCUUCCCAUGCAAUCCACAUGAAGUUUUGAAAAGGUUGCCGAAUGCUGCAAUCCAACAGGAAGAGGUGGGGCGUCUACUGGACACAAGCCUUAUUGAACUAUUGAAAGAACACAGGGGUGUUGCUAAAGAUCCGUCCACCAAACGCAAGCGUGGGAAAAAGGUUGAAGCUGGCACGAGAAUUUUGCCUUCCUCUGUGACUGCAGAUCAUUUAGGUGACAACCCAGAAAAUCCACCUGACGAUCAGACACCAUCAACAUCAGUUUUACAGAAACCUAGAGAGACCAACAAGAGAGAAGAAAGCAAACAGUCUUCAAAAGAAAAUGCAACAGAAGCUGCGGCAAGCAUCAAGAAAAGGGCUUCCAAGAGAAUAAAAGACACAGAAGAUCAAUGCGGAAUUUGUAGAGUGAGGUGGACAAACUACAAAGGGCGUGUGGACUGGCUUCAACGCUGCAAGUGCCACAUAUUGAUUUGUGGAAUAUGCAACGAAAACAGUAAGGACCCCUAUUUUGUAUACGCAGUAUGCGACGAUGAUUCAGGAGAUGAAGAUCCAUUCCAGACAGAUGAAGAUGAGGAAUUCGUCCCCUAA